CGCGGAGAACAGCGAUACGCCUGGGUUUAUGCCAACUCAACCAGACCCGUCCCGCUCUGUUUAUCAUCCUCUCUCGUCUCUCUAUCUGGCCAUCCAUCCAUCUGCCCAUCCAGGUUUGGCUCCGGUGUCUUGGCCCUGCUUCUGCCUCGAGUUUUUGACGCCUUGUCCGUAUUUACCAACCACCAGGGCUCCAGAGUUCAGGGGUGUUUACGGAGUACUCCAUCGAAUCUAUUGUGACGGCCUGGCCCGGUCUGGAAUCAUUUUGUUUUUGUUCCUUUUCCAUCUUCCAGACACAAAAUUGCCGAGUGGAUUCGAUCAGUCGAGCUAGCUUCCUGACGCUCAUCGUCAUUAUCCGUCUUUGAGCACUUCUUUGGCUUCCCGACUCCUCUCCGCUCCGCCAACCUUUUUGCACACGUAGGGCCGAUUACAUUUUUCGCAUCAUAGCCCCUUGGCCCGAGACGCCUACGCCUACGCCUAAUUCUCUUGGAUUACGGACGGCUUUCUCGAGUACGACCGCGCCUGGAUAGCUCAACAGGACGAGUCCCCCGGGUAUUAUUCAGUUCCCUUUUUUUCGUCACCUCUCCGGACCAUCGGCAAAGGUAGAGAGAGAGAGAGCUCCGGUUACCCUACCGCGUCAUCUUCCAUUAUUCUCACACGCGCAUCUACGUGAGAUAUCUGGGGAGAGAGGAGCCGAUUCUCCGUAUACUGUACUCCAUCAUCCCCGGGUCCCAGAUUCCGGUUCCAAGUCCGCCUUCCUUCGAAGACCGUAAUCCUCCUCCUCCUCUUCAAGUCUCAAGCUCCGAAUACAGACCCUCACGAUGGCCAAAGUCCGCCGGAAUAGCGCCAUCACCGCAGCCGUCUGCUACUUCAUCGCCAUCAUCUUCCUCAUCCUCGUCAUCAUCGGCAACACCUCCAUCAAGCCUGUCCUGACGGACAUUUACUUCUUCAAACUCGAUGUCUCCGACAUCAUCCCGCUCUCCUCGGCCAACGCCGUCCUCCUCAACUCCGUAGCCCGUAGCCUGGGACUCCACGACUUUUACCAAGUCGGUCUCUGGAACUUUUGCGAAGGCUACAACGAUGAGGGCGUCACCUUCUGCUCAACCCCCCAGCGCAUGUGGUGGUUCAACCCCAUCGAGAUCCUCACCAACGAGCUCCUCGCCGGCGCCACCAUCGCCCUCCCCUCCGAGGUCAGCACCAUCCUCAACAUCCUCCGCAUCGGCCAGCAGGUCAUGUUCGGCCUCUUCAUCUCCGGCAUCUCCCUCGCCGCCGCCCUCCUCAUCGUCACCCCGCUCGUCAUGCGCUCGCGCUGGUGGAGCCUGCCCAUCGCCAUCUUCGCCGCCAUCACGGGCCUCCUCGUCACCGUCGCCUCCAUCAUCGGCACCGUCAUGAGCGUCGGCGCCAAGAUCGCCCUCACCCAGCAGUCCGAGCUCAACAUCAGCGCCGUCCUCGGCGUGCGCAUGUUCGUCUUCAUGUGGCUCGCCAGCGCCCUCGUCGACCUCGCCGCCAUCCUCCACAUGGCCAUGGGCUGCUGCUGCUCGCCUAGGAAGGAGAGGGAGGCUGCCGCCGCCGCUGCUGCCGCCGGCGGGGCGAACAACACGCCGGAGAAGACGACGAACACGACUGAGAGCGGCGAGAAGCCAUCGCGGUUGCCGGCUUUUAUGAGAAAGCGCAGCCCGAGGUCGUCGACGUCGUGAGUAUUGUUACCUGUUGGAUAUCAUGUCGGCGAGCAUGGAAGAACACCGGUGACGUUGGCGGUCUCGUCCAUCGUACAACCUCGUACAAGUGGUUAUACUUGGAUAGUACAUGUGCUCCUCAUGGCUCUCGUGCAGAUGGAUUAUCGAUAUCGGCGAAUGUAUGGGAGACCUCGACUCCGGCAGCAUCAGCACUUCGUCGCCGGCACGGAACAAAGAAUUUUGAAAUUGAGCAAUGGCGUUGGUGGUUGCGGUUUAAUCGGAUGACCAUGACAAUAGACUUUUGGGCAAACGGAUAGUCAAGUAGAGACGAACAGGCAUGUCUAUGUUACAUUAGCAUAGUUUUGCCUUGAGGUAUUUGAACAUACAAGUAAUCGAUAUUACUCAAAUGCACAAACAUGCGAGGUUCGUGAACCAUGGAAUAGGAUACGAUGAGUAAUUCAGAUCAAGACUGCAGCUUCGCGUAUACAAUAUGUAGGUAAUGCAGCAAACCUAAAGCUCCC